AUGGGUGCAUGUUGUUCAUGUCAAAGGGUGCGCCAUUUCGAUCAUCAAGGGAAUUAUCGUCACCAUAAUUAUAUUAAUGGUGAUGAUAAAGAAGAUAAUAUUAUUGUUGAAGAUGAUCAUCAUGGUGUUGUAGGAAAGGGAGAUUUUGGUGCUAAUAUUAGGUUACAUGGAUAUUCUAAAUUUGUAUCUAUGUAUAGUCAACAAGGUAAAAAAGGGAUUAAUCAAGAUGCCAUGACAGUUUGGGAGAAUUUUGGUGGAGAGAAAGGUGCGUUUUUUUGUGGCGUAUUCGAUGGGCAUGGUCCAUCCGGUCACAAGGUGGCACGCUAUGUGCGUGACUUGUUACCAUCAAAAAUUUCGAUAUCGUUGAAAGAGAGUGAUAUUAAUGAGAAUGAAAUUAUUAGAAACAUCGAAAAUGAUGAAGAAUCUAAUCAGAAUUUCCCAUUAUUUGAUGCAUGGAAAUCUGCAUAUCUCAAGUCCUUUAAAGAAAUGGAUGAACAACUUGGAAGGGAACCUUCAAUUGAAAGUUAUUCUAGUGGCACAACAGCUGUUACUUUAUUUAAACAGGUAAUUAAUUAA